CGAGCUCUAGCAAAAGUUGCAGAAGGGAGCCGUCUUCACAUUCUUUCACCCUUCCUGCCGACGGAGAACGAGCGCCGAGGCUCUGUGCGGGGAGACGCAUCAACCUCUUCUCUGGUAGGGUAGUUGUAUUUUCUCCGAUCCUCUGCCCACCGCUUCUGCUUCAAUCCCCUGCAAAUCCUUUUACCCCUCCGCCGUCAUCGGAACUUCUGGCCAAUUGUUUUUCACUAGCACCCGGAUUCUUCCUCACCGGAAAGUCCCAAUCGCCAUCCCCAAAUAUUUGCAUCGCAAUAAGUUUUACCUAAGAAAAACGCAAAGAAACGCAGAUACACACACGCACACCCACUUUCUCUCCGUCUUCCUCAUUUCUCUUUGUAUUGAUUCCGUUCGCCCCGCCUUAACAAACUUCCUCCAAUUUUAGGUUCCUUGCUGCCGAUUCUCGUCGGAGUUGGCUGCCGUCCUCUGAAGCAGCUCACUCUCGCCCUUCCUCUCUGGUGUCUGUUCAUCGAAAUAGCAUUUCAAGAAGAAAGAGUUUACUUCAGAUUUCCUAGAUGGGUCGUAAGAAGCCAGCCGCCCGUGACGAGGACAACCCUCCCGCAAUAUCUCAGGGAGGUGGAGGGAAAUCGAAGAAGAAAGCUCUAGUGAUAGAUGAUGAUGAAUACUCCAUUGGCACGGAGUUGUCUGAGGAGUCUCAGGUGCAAGAUGAGAAGCCUAUUAUUACGGGCAAGAAGAAAGGUAAAAAGGCAGACAAGAAAAGUUCACAGGCUAAGCUGGAUAGUGAUGAUAAAUCCUUGGAGGAUGAAGACGAUGAUGAGGUCCCUGACAUUGUGUUUGCUGGGAAAAAGAAAUCCAAAGGUAAGAAAACCGGAGGGACGAGCACAUUCUCCACAUCGAGUUUCGGACUACUCGGAGAUGGAGACGAAGAUGGUGGCGAUGAGGAUCAAAAUGAUGAGGAUAACUCCGAGUUAACAGGUGGUAAAGAUAGCGAGGAAGAGGAUGAAUUAGUUGUGAGUUUCACUGGGAAGAAGAAGAAGUCCUCCCAAAAAGGCAGUAAGACCAGUGGUAGCUUGUUUAGUGCUUCAGCCUUUGACGCAAUUGAUGAUGGUGAUGAGGACAGCAAGGUUGUAGACAAAGAUGAUGGUGAUGUUGAAGAUGAGGCUUUGACUGUUGAGUUCACUGGGAAGAAAAAAUCUUCCAAGGGUGGUAAGAAGGCUGGUAUUGUAUUUAGUGAAGCAGCUAGCUUUGAUAUUCUAGAUGAGAAUGUAGAGGACAAGGAUGAUGAU